AUAAAGGAGGUUAAGAUGUUGGGUUCUUCCUUUUUUUAAGGAAAGAUAACAGUAGAGGGAAAAAAAAAAAAGGAAAUUAAGAGAGGGUUUAUAAAAACACUAGAGAAAAUUGAUGGAGGAACAUCUCAGCCCAUUAGCUGUUACUCAUCUCCUUCAACACACACUAAGAAGCUUGUGCAUUCAUGAGAACUCUCAGUGGGUUUAUGCAGUCUUUUGGAGGAUCUUACCUAGAAAUUAUCCACCUCCCAAAUGGGAUGGUCAAGGAGGUUAUGACAGGUCAAGAGGAAACAGGAGGAACUGGAUAUUGGUUUGGGAAGAUGGUUUCUGCAACUUUGCUGCCUCAGCAGCUGAAAUCAACUCCGGAGACUGUCCUGGGUCCUCAGUGUAUGGCAGUUGUGAGUUUCAACACUAUCAAGGACUGCAACCAGAGCUUUUCUUUAAGAUGUCCCACGAAAUCUACAACUAUGGAGAAGGUUUGAUAGGAAAAGUGGCUGCAGAUCACAGUCACAAGUCGAUAUACAAAGAACCAAAUGACCAGGAAAUCAACUUCUUGUCAGCAUGGCAUAACUCUGCAGACUCACAUCCUAGGACAUGGGAAGCACAGUUCCAGGCCGGUGUAAAGACCAUAGCGUUGAUUGCAGUUAGAGAAGGUGUCGUCCAAUUAGGAGCUGUUCACAAGGUAAUUGAAGACCUGAAUUAUGUAGUUCUACUACGAAAGAAAUUCAGCUACAUAGCAAGCAUUCCCGGAGUACUAUUGCCCCACCCAUCAUCUUCUCCAUACCCUUUUAAAGAAGAUGGGUAUGGCACACCAGAAGCAUGGCACUUCCCUGCUGGGACACUUGCACCACUUGCUGAAUUCUAUGACCACUUCAAUCAGCCAAUGAAAAUAACUCCUUCCAUGAGCAGCCUUGAAGCCCUUCUCUCCAAGCUCCCAUCAGUGGUGCCACCUCAAGCUUCCGGGUAUUGCGAGUCACAGCCACUGUCACAGUCACCGUUCUUAUCAUCACAAAGACCUGUAGAAUACAUUGGAAUGGAGAAAGUGGCAAAAGAAGAAAUUGAUGAAGAGUACAGGCCUGAGCAGGAUAUGGGUGAAAGUAGCAGCUCCAUUUCUGCAUAUCGUCGUCAACAGUAUUUCCAUCACCACCAAGAUCUGAAUGUAAGAAGCGGCAGGCCUAACAAUGGAUUUUGAUAUACGAAUGAUACAUGGAGUAUCACAUAUACGCCUAGUCCCAUAAGUAGAUUAUGCAGAGAUCAGCUUAUUGAUUUCUCUAGCGUUCCAGUUAGCGAUCCUUUUCGCUUUGUAUCAUUGGGGUGUUAAUUUCUACUACAGUAUAAGCUUUUAUUUAGCAGCCUCUUUAGCUAUUGAAGAUGUCUUUAAUUAGCCCUAGAUUCCUAGAUAGUAUAUACUAUCAAUCAUUAAUCUAUAAUGAAUCUUCAU